UAAGAUCACUUUCCAUUAUUUUUCUACAUGUCAUUUUUUAUUUGGGACAACAAGACGACGACGACGACAACACCGCAAGCCUCCUGUCUCGACUUGUCUCGUCGGCGCUUCUUAGCUGAAUGCUUCAUCAGAAAAAUUCUGAUCUCUUCCUCUUCUUUGAUCGAACCACAGGUAGCAAUAGAACGGAUCGACAUUUUCUUUCUUCUCCAAAUGCCAAAUAAACGAUCUACUGGUUCAUUCCAUGCCCAAUUUGGUGAUGAUUCGCCGGAGUAUUUGGUCUACGAAGACCUUUCGUGCAGCUGCUUUAACAAUCUUCAAUCCUCAGCAGCAUCUUCAUCGUCGUCCAGUUAUAUUCAACAUUGCUUGUCAGUUGAACCAGACUUGUUUCUCUUUUUCUGCGAGAGCCAACAGUUUUCAGGUUCCGGAAUUCUAUUUUCUGAACAAGAAGAUCUCUUAUUUGAUACGAACAGGCCGAAUAAGUGAAGCGAGGGAACUUUUUGAUAGCAUUAAGCAUCGAAAUACGAUCACUUGGAACACGAUGAUCACUGGGUAUGUGAAAAGGAGAGAGAUGUUGAAAGCACUCCAGCUGUUCGACGAAAUGCCUAACAGAGACAUUGUGUCAUGGAACUUAAUGUUAUCAGGCUAUAUAUCUUGUGGCGGAAAGUUCAUUGAGAGGGCACGGAAUAUGUUCGAUAAAAUGCCCGAAAGAGAUUGUGUUUCAUGGAACACGAUGUUGAGUGGUUAUGCUAAGAAUAGGAUGAUGGAUAAAGCAGAAGAGAUUUUCAAUUACAUGCCAGAGCGCAAUGUUGUCACAUGGAAUGCCAUGGUUUCUGGUUAUUUAAUGAAUGGUUAUGUGAAGAAAGCUGUUGAGUUCUUUAAGAUGAUGCCAGAACGAGAUUCUGCUUCUCUUAGUGUACUGGUUUCUGGUCUGAUUCAGAAUGAUAAGUUGGUUGAAGCUGAAAAGAUUCUGCUUCAAUAUGGUGGGAAUGAUGGUAAAGGGGAUUUAGUUCAUGCUUAUAAUACUUUGAUUGCUGGAUAUGGUCAGAAAGGAAUGACCCACGAAGCCCGUAAACUGUUUGAUCGCAUCCCUUCGGGUCGUGAUCAUGAGGAAGAUGAAUGUGGCAACUUUAGGAGGAAUGUGGUUUCAUGGAACUCUAUGAUAAUGAGCUAUGUGAGAGCUGGUGACAUAGUCUCUGCUCGAGAAUUAUUCGAUAGAAUGGUUGAGCGAGAUACUUUUUCAUGGAACACUAUGAUCAGUGGCUAUGUCCAGAUCUUGGAUAUGAAAGAGGCCUCGAAUCUUUUCGGUAGAAUGCUGGAGCCCGAUACCCUUUCUUGGAAUAUGAUGAUAUCUGGGUUUGCUGAGAUCGGUAAUUUGAAACUAGCUCAUGACUUGUUCAUGAGGAUGCCAGAGAAAAGCCUGGUCUCAUGGAAUUCCAUGAUAUCUGGCUGUGAGAAAAAUGAAGAUUAUAAAGGAGCAAUUAACAUCUUUUUGCAGAUGCAACAUGAAGGUAAAAAACCAGAUAGGCACACUUUAUCAUCAAUUCUAAGUGCUUGUGCCGGGUUGGUAGAUUUGGCUUUGGGAACUCAGAUCCAUCAACUAGUUAUAAAAGCCUUUAUUGCAGAUUUACCCAUAAACAACUCUCUUGUUACAAUGUAUUCAAGAUGUGGAGCAAUCGUUGAGGCACGGACUGUCUUUUAUGAAAUGAAUCUGCAGAGAGAUGUCAUUUCUUGGAAUGCGAUGAUUGGCGGGUAUGCCUCUCAUGGCUUUGCAGCAGAGGCUCUUAAACUUUUUGAAUUGAUGAAACAAUGUAAUGUGCAGCCCACUUAUAUCACAUUCAUUUCUGUUCUGAAUGCUUGUGCUCAUGCUGGAUUGAUCGAGGAAGGUAGGAGAGAAUUCAACUCCAUGGUUAACACACACAGUAUUGAGCCACGAGUUGAACACUAUGCUGCCCUCGUUGACAUCAUCAGUCGACAUGGGCAACUUGAAGAAGCAAUGAGUUUGAUCAAUAGCAUGCCAUGUGAACCGGACAAAACAGUGUGGGGUGCAUUACUGGGUGCUUGUAGAGUGCACAACAAUGUUGAGAUGGCUCAAGCAGCAGCGGAAGAGUUAAUGAAGCUCGAACCCGAAAGCUCAACUCCAUAUGUGCUGCUAUAUAAUAUGUAUGCCGACGUGGGACGAUGGGAUGAUGCUGCUGAAGUGAGAACGAUGAUGGAGAAGAGCAAUGUUCAAAAGGAAGUUGGAUAUAGUCGGGUGGAUUCUUAUUGCUAAAGAUAUUUGAUUGGCUUCCAAUGCUUUGGGUGAGUAGUAGAUUGAUUCUGUCCUUAGUUUCAUAACUUAUAAAAUACAACCAUCUUCAUUGGAUGGAUCUUUUGAACCCUUUUGAGAAUAAUUUUUAAGUUUUUUAAAAAAUUGAUAUAUAUAUAAAUCUAGUCGAUGUCUUAUUUAUAAAGCUA